UAAAAAAAAAGACAUAUCAAACAUGCAAAUACUUGAAUCCAGCAGGCCAAUAAUGAAAUGUGAACACUUUCUAAGUCUAAUUCUACACUUCCAGGUUGACAUCAGUACACAGAAACAGGCUCUAGGAAAAUUUCUGAGUUCAUCGCCUAUGUGUGUGUGUGGAAACAGAACGCGUGUGUGCACGUGUGUAGUGCGUGCUUCCGCAUGGCACGCACCGUCUAUGUUCGUGUGUUUGAAGGCGUGUGAGGGAUCUAACUGUGGGUUUCCUUUUAUUCAGUAUAUGCUUUUCUUUGGCGCAUUGGUCAAACGUUUGUUAUCGUUAUUAGCUUCUAACUUUGCACUGAGUGUCCCUGCCCUCCCUCCAGCUAACCCUAGAUGUUAAAGAGAAUUCAUAGGACAGGGCCGGUGACAAUUCACGUGUAAAUGUUUACUCAAGGACUCUGUUACUGCGUCUAAAAAUUACAGUGUAUAUCUCUGGAGAAAUAAUAUGUAUACCUACCUUUAGCAGCUUUUUAUUGUGGACUAAUGCAAGAAAGUUAUUACCAGAGUAUUGCACCAUUUUUCCAUUUGGAAUAUAAAGUUAAAGAGAAAAAGACUGUUGCUGAACUGUGGCCAUAGAUACUUGUAAAGAACGGAUGGUUCCGCGGAAGGAACGAAACAAGCACUUGGAUGUGGGUUGUGACUGCUUUUGGAGGAGCCCGCGGUUUGGGCUCCCACCUGUUUACAGACCUUUUUUCUCCUUCAGACUUUAAAUUAAAAAAAAAAAAAAAAAAUUAAAAAGGAAUUUUAAAAAGAAAAAAAAAUACUUCCGUCGUAAAGAAACCUAUUUUCAGAAUGCAGAUGCGCUACUUCAGAGCUCUGGGAUCGGACAGUGCUGUCCCCUCGGCCGCCGUCGUGGACUCUGUCGAUUGUUUCCGCCCCUUCGUCAAGGUGACGAGGCGUUGUGGCCACUGUCUUGCACAUGCCGGACGCGCUCUCAGGAAAGCCAGGGCUCCCGAGGGCAGCUCCACACCAUUUCAUGUAUUUUUACACCCAACUCCUAGCACUGAAGAUGUUAUUAAAAAAUAAAAAAUAAAAAAAAUAAAGAAAAAAAGAAAAAAGAGAAAAAAAAAACCCACAAAGACAAAAAUACCUAAUCUCUAAUGUGUAGCAGUUACAUAUUUACCAAAUAAUGGACUCAAAAGAAAUAGAUGUUUGAAGAGUGCUUUAUAUAUUAAAAAUUGCUUUAUGUUUUAAAAAUGAUCAAUGUUUUGAUUGUUUUGCAAGGAAGAAAGACAAUGGAAUAACAUACCCUCAAGUAUGUUUUAAAAAAAAAUAUAUGAACAUUGUGCUCCCUGCCUGCUUGAUCAGGAAACUUGUGCAUUACAUUUUUUUUAAUUAGCUUUUUAAUGGUUUUAUCAAAACAAAACAAAAAACAAACAAAAAAAUAGUCCUGCAAGAUUGCAGGUCAACAAAAGCUGGUUUUAUAGAGGAUCAUGAACUAUGCACAAACUGGGUUCAAGACUUUUCUUCUCGAGUUCAGUAGUGUAUUUAGCGGAACGAACCUUCCUCAGAGUGGCUGCAUCUCAUUGCCAUUACAUAUUACAUGCAUCUGUAUAUUUGAUGUAUGUAUACCUGCAUAUGUAUAUCAAAUAUAUGCGUGUGUGCGUGCGUGCGUGUGCACCCAGACAUACAGCUCCCGUGCUGCCAGUUAGCAUGGGGUUGUAGAAAAUCUCCUGAUGUUUUAAAAUUGAGGAUGGAAGUAAAGAAUCUGCUUAUUUUCGGAUUUUGUUGGGUUUGUUUGAUUUUUUUGUUGUUCUGUUUUGUUUUUUAUCUUUAUUUUGAAUUUAAGAUGUCUGUAACUCUCAGAUUAAAAAACAAGUUUGUGGCUCUUAAUGUUUUUCCUCAUAGAAUGUGAUUGUUGAAGAACAUGCACCGAAAGUUGCUUUCAAAAGUACAACGCUUUGUUGAAUCUUAAUAAAUUGCAAUUUUUUUCUUGGCUGUUCAAAU